GCGUCACUGAUUCGAUCCUGCGUUGUACGCGCACCUGCCUUCCUACAUGCAGCCUUUGCCGGAUGAUGAGGACGCCCGUGAAGAUGAAACGGUGACACAGCAGUCGCUGAUGUCAUCGUCCGCAUGCAGGGGGAGCCAUAGCAUUUUGCCGUCCUCCUGCGAUCCGGGACGCUCGCCAGUGCAGCAGACCGGUCCUACAGGAACGGUGACGAAAGCGACUGCUGCAGAGUACCCCCAGGUGAUAGAGAGGAUCAUAGCAAGGUACUCGAGGAUACGUACCGACGUUGAAGCGGAUGAGGGAGGUGUGCAGGGGGCGCAAUUUGAGGAAGUGGUUGAGGGGCAGUGCACGGAUGACGAGGAGGGAAGCGAGGAGGAUGACGACGUUGUGCUGAAGGAAAUCACACCGAAGACCGCGAAGAAGAAGACGACGAAGAGUCAUGGGCUGCGUCCGCGGGGUCGAGCUCGGAGGGCGGACGUAUUCACGGCCGCCUCCGCGGCCUACCGGUCUUUUUUCCUGUUGACAUCGAAGAAACGGAAAGAACUGGAGUGUAAGUUCACGAUGGAUCGACAGCUGUACGACGCCGUCCACGCGACUACACCCAACAAUCAGGCCAUACACCCGCCUAAUCUAUAUGACACCGGUGGACUUCCUCCCCAGCAAGCGAAUGAGGGUGAGCAGAGCCAAGCUAGAGGUCCGAUGUUCGGCGGGGAAACGUCCGCGAGCGACAACAUGGAAAGGGACUCGGGGGACGGGUAUGGCAGCAGGUCUUCAGGGGGAACACCAGCGGGGAAGCGGAAGAAUGUGCGGCAGCUUGCCUUCGAUGCUGUGACGGACGUGAUGAAGACACAUUCAACGGUCGUCGCGGAUACAGUGGAUCGUGCUAGCAAGCGUCAAUGCGACAUCAUGGAAAGGGAGGCGAGGACGCAGGAGAAACAGUGCGAAGUGUUGGACGCUGGUCAGCGCAUGCAGUGUGAUGCUUUGCUGAAGAUAGCAUCUGCGUUGGAUCGGAGCUGAUUGCAAUUGCCCCGGUGGACUGCGGAAUGUAUGACGACCCGCCGCGACCAAUCAGCAGAUGGCAACCCAUUUUUUCGCAUCAACGCUUGCCACUGCUGGCCGUGAACUCCCUUCGCACGCUAUUCGCGUCGUUUUUUUAGGCCCACCCCUUUUUUUCCCCCUUUUGUCGAUGUCUUGUCAGCUACGAAACACUCGCGGACGCGUCCACGGGGUCGA